CGAUACCUGUUGAUGCAGGAGUGGGGGGUUCUGCGAAGUCUCUAUGACACCAUUCGAAAUGUUUUUUUUUUCCCCAAACAGCAAUGCCAAGAGAGACACUCUAUCAUCUUAUGUAACCUUUUUGAAUUAGACUGAAUGGGCACUAUAGUUGAUGAGACGUUCUGUCUCUACUGAAAUGUAUUUCUAGCUGCAGCUGUGAAUAUUUUGACAGGUUAGUAUGAGACAGCAUGUUAUCUGGCAUAUCUCUCAAGGACUGCCUACUCACUCACUCUUGAUUUCAUACAAUACCUUUUGAAUAUACUACGUAUGCUUUUCUGAUUCUUUAGCCCCCCUCGGUUUAAAAUAGGCGUCUCCUUACUCAUUUUUCUAUGGCUAAUUCCUUAGGAACCGGUGGAUCCAGUUCUAUCCUCUCGUUCUUUAUUUAAUUUAGUCUAAAAACAAGUUGAGUCUUCGACCUCAUUGCUGCUGUAGUAAAAACAACAUCCAGUGAUACACAGUCUAUAAAUGUUGACGUGUCCAUAUUUAGGCUUAUGAAGGUUUACUUCAUAGAACACUGUAGGAUACAGGGAAGGUGUGUGCGGGGGUCACGUUUGAGGUGGAAAAGUUGACAGUUUAGUUCAGCACAGAGGAAGUAACCACCAAAGCUACUUAUUGAGGAGUGCGCUGCUCUGUUCCUAAUCUUUAUUCAGGUUGUAUGCGGGACAGGACAGUGUUAUACUCAACUGAAGUUUUUUUGGGGGGCAUCCCACUUUUUUCGAGGAGAGUUUCCCCUCAUUUUUUUGUCGAUCAAAAACAUAUUAGGCUACUGAGCAUUUGCAUUUGAAUUUUAAGAGGUGCAGCUUCCGCUGACGAAGAUCACUGAUUAUCACUUGAACAGGGGAGACACAAAAGCUCUCCACCAACUAUGGAAACAGAGGCAACUGAUGGAUAUUCUGCAAACACCACUGCCAUUGGAUAGCCACCCGUCAGUCACCUGAGAUUUCAUCCAACCCCAGCGUGGCGUGUAAUCGGAGACCAGACCCAGGGAUUGUGUCAUCAUGGCCAUGGACCACAACUCCCAGUGUGUCUCACCCAGCAGCAGCCAAUCACAACAAUGUAAUGGAGACUGCUCUCCCAGGAAGACAGAGAACUCUAGAAUGUUGGUGGACCUGUCGGCAAACACACCCAAUGCACAGCAGCCCCAGGGUCCUUAUUCACCGACUGAACACACCAUCAAACAAGAAGAAGAGACAGAAGAUGAAAGGCACAGGAGGACCACAGCUGAGGAUAUGGGACAAAGUGGGAAAGAGGAAUCGGGAUUGGAAGAGCCCAUAAUUGACAGCCCAAACAACCUACAGGAUGGGGUCCCUGGGUCAGAUGGGUCAUGUGACCCAGAAACUCGGCUGCCCAAUGGUGAUAGGCCGUUCCAGUGUAACCAGUGUGGUGUGUCGUUCACUCAGAAGGGCAAUCUGUUGAGACACAUCAAGCUGCACACGGGGGAGAAGCCCUUCAAAUGCCCCUUCUGUAGCUACGCCUGCCGCCGUCGUGACGCACUCACAGGCCACCUACGCACACAUUCAGUGGGUAAACCACACAAGUGUGACUACUGUGGGCGGAGCUACAAACAGAGGACAUCAUUGGAGGAGCAUAAAGAGCGCUGCCAUAACUACCUUGAGAGUGCUGGCAUGGAUCCCACCUCCGUCACUGGGCCUUAUCCAGGUGAGGUCCCUAAAGAGCAGAGGCCCCUGGCGGAGGCCGCUGCCAUGGCAACAUUAAACCGGCCACCUGUCAUUGAGAAACUGCAGAGUAAUGUAGGGAAGAGGAAGAGUACCACUCCACAGAAGUUUGUGGGUGAGAAGAUGAUGCGUUACAGUUACCCGGAGCUGAGCUAUGAGAUGGGUCUGAAGUAUGAGAAGGAGGCAGAGCUGAUGCAGGCUCACAUGAUGGACCAGGCUAUCAACAACGCCAUCUCUUACCUGGGCUCUGACUCCCUGAGACCCCUGGUCCACCAUCCCCACCCCCAUGGUCCCCACGGUCCACAGCCGUCUCUUUCUAUGGCCGAGGUGGUACCCAUGGUCAACCCCCUCUUCCACCACGUCUACCCUCUGGGGUCAGGGCUGCGUAUGGACCGACCAGGUGGCCGCGACGCCCCACCUCAUCCUUCACCUCUGCCCCCUCCUCCCCCUGACUUCCAUCCUUCCUCCAACGGACCCAUUGCCCUCACCAGACCCAAGCAGCACCACCCACAGGGUACCAAAGAGGAAAAAGAGUCUCCUAGCAACAGUGGGCUGGACUCGGCUGACUCUGCCCGGAGCAGCCCACAGGAUAGAAUGGGUUACCACUGGAACAACCCCCACCAUCGUCCCAGAUCCAGCCCAGCAUAUGGCGGCAGAGAGGAGGGACGAGGCGGGGCUGAGGUGGCCCAGGGAGGGGCGGCAGAGAGGCCUAUAAGUCGGGAAGGAGUGCGUGUGUUUGGGCGAGAGGGGCGGAAGAUGAGGGUGUUCCAGUGUGAACACUGCCGCAUUCUCUUCCUGGACCACGUCAUGUACACCAUCCACAUGGGUUGUCAUGGUUACAGGGACCCACUGGAGUGCAACAUCUGUGGCCACCGCAGUAAGGACCGCUAUGAAUUCUCAUCUCACAUCAUCCGCGGGGAACACACCUUCAACUAGAGGGGUGGACUGGACAGGAGCCACCACUGGUCCCCGCCCCAUCCCAUCUCAGGACAGUGAUGUUGAACUAACUGU